GAACAAUGACGAAUUAUAUACUAAAUAAUUCCCGUGGUGAGAGGGGUCGCGAGACCAUGUUCUCUGCGUCAACUCUCUUUCUUGCCCGCUGGACUUUUGCUACAGUUUCAUGUCCACGCCUCUCAAUCUUGCUUUGCCCAUGACCUCUUCGACGAUCUGAAAUUUCGGAGCAGACAGUCAACCAGGUCAAGCAGCCGUCACCACAGACGUGAAGAUGGGUUCCAGCCAGGACGAGCGGGGCAUCCGCAUCGCCAUCGACCGCGGCGGCACCUUCACCGACUGCGUGGGCAACAUGGCAGGCGAGGACAUCGUGAUCAAGCUGCUUUCCGAGGACCCGGCCAACUACGCCGACGCCCCGCUCGAGGGCAUCCGGCGGAUCAUGUCGCACUUCCUGGGCCACGAGAUCCCCCGCGGCGAGCCCCUCGACACCUCCAAGAUCGACUCCAUCCGCAUGGGCACCACCGUUGCCACCAACGCCCUGCUCGAGCGCAAGGGCGAGACCAUCGCCAUGGUCGUCACCAAGGGCUUCAAGGACUGCCUCGUCAUUGGCAACCAGUCGCGCCCCAAGAUCUUCGACCUCGCGAUCCGAAAGCCCGACGUUUUAUAUUCUGAGGUCGUCGAGAUUGACGAGAGGGUUACACUCGAGGACUACGCCGAGGACCCAGAGCGGUCCGCCACCAAGUCGCAGGUCAAGGCUGGGACCGCAGAGGCGAAGACGGCGGACCUGGUCAUGGGUCUGUCGGGAGAGGCAGUGCGCAUACUACGGAGGCCGGAGGAGGAGAGAAUACGCACACAGCUGCAGGAGAUAUACGAUAAGGGCAUCAAGAGCAUAGCGGUGUGUCUGAUGCACGCGUAUACGUUCCCAGACCACGAGGCCGUGGUGGGUAGGAUCGCACGGGAGAUUGGGUUCCGGCACAUCUCGCUGAGUUCCGAGCUCAUGCCCAUGAUCAAGCUGGUCUCGAGGGCCACCUCAGUCUGCGCCGACGCGUACCUGACGCCCGCCAUCCGCAAGUACAUCGAUGGGUUCCAGAAGGGCUUCGAGGGCGGCCUCGGCACACAGAGCGUCCAGCGCGAGUCGGGGAGCCGUGGGGCGCGCUGUGAGUUCAUGCAGAGCGAUGGUGGCUUGGUCGACGUUGAGAAGUUCACUGGCCUCAAGGCUAUUCUGUCUGGCCCUGCGGGUGGUGUUGUCGGCUACGCCAUCACGUCGUACGACCCUGCCACCAAGAUCCCGGUUAUUGGCUUUGAUAUGGGAGGGACGAGCACCGAUGUUUCCCGGUACGGAGAAGGCCGAUACGACCAUACCUUUGAGACCACAACAGCAGGCGUUACCAUCCAGUCGCCACAGCUCGACAUCAACACCGUGGCAGCUGGUGGUGGCUCCCGGCUGUUCUUCAGGAAUGGCCUGUUUGUGGUUGGUCCUGAAUCCGCCGGCGCGCAUCCUGGACCAGCAUGUUACCGAAAGGGCGGCCCUGCCACAGUCACAGACGCCAACCUGUACCUGGGCAGGCUGCUGCCAGAAUUCUUCCCCAAGAUAUUUGGCAAGAACGAAGACGAGGGUCUAGAUGUUGAGGCAAGCAAGAAGGUUCUCCAGGAGCUUGCCGACCAGGUCAACAACGAGACAGGGAAGAAAAUGUCCGUGGACGAGGUGGCCUACGGGUUUUUGACCGUUGCCAAUGAGAGCAUGACCCGUCCCAUCCGCUCAAUAACGGAAGCAAAGGGUCAUGAUUCGUCAAAACACAGGCUGGCCACAUUUGGUGGAGCAGGAGGCCAGCACGCUGUUGCCAUCGCGGACGCUCUCGGCAUCAAGCAAAUCCUCAUCCACAGGUACUCAUCCGUACUUUCGGCCUACGGAAUGGCCUUGGCAGAUGUGGUCGACGAACGACAAGAGCCAGACUCCGCGGUUUGGUCCAACGAUGGCAAGACCGUGAGCGAGCUGAAGGAAAAGAUGGAGAAGCUCAAGGAGAAGUCCCGAAAGGCGCUUCAGGAUCAAGGAUUCAGCGACAAGGAUAUUGUUUUCGAGGAGUACUUGAACAUGAGAUACCGCGGCACGGAGUCAGCGUUGAUGAUCGUGAAGCCGAGCGAAGAGGACACGAAAGAGCAUUUCAACAGCAAAGAGUGGGCAUUUGACCAGGCGUUUGUGAAGCAUCAUCGGUACGAAUUCGGAUUCACACUAGACGACAGAGACAUCAUUGUCGAUGAUGUGCGAGUAAGAGGCAUUGGGAAGAGUUUCAGAUAUGCUGAGGAGACUGUGGACCAGCAACUCAAGAAGGUAAAGAGGCAAGAAGUCUCGGGGAAGAGCAAGCACUCCAGUGCUCAAGUAUACUUCGAAGGUGGCAGACUGGAGACGCCCAUCUACAAGCUUGGUGACAUCCAAGUCGGAGACGUUAUCCAAGGUCCAGCCAUGCUGGCCGACGGCACACAGACUAUCGUUGUUACGCCCAAGGCCGAGGCGGUCAUCCUCCAGACGCAUGUGGUCGUCAACAUCGAGACCGACUCUGGCAAGGGUGAUUCACAGAGUACGGACCAGUCCAAGCGGGAGGUGGACCCGAUCGUGCUUAGCAUCUUCGGCCACAGAUUCAUGGCCAUCGCGGAGCAGAUGGGCAGGGCUCUGCAAAAGACGAGUGUCAGCACGAACGUCAAGGAGCGUCUUGACUUCUCAUGCGCCAUCUUUGACGCUACAGGAGGCCUUGUUGCGAACGCCCCCCACUUGCCAGUGCACCUGGGAUCGAUGGGCACGUGUGUGAAGCGACAGGCUGAGAUAUGGAAGGGCGAGCUGAAGAGGGGUGACGUGAUCAUCUCCAACCACCCAUCAUAUGGCGGAACCCAUCUCCCGGACGUGACGCUCACGAUGCCUGCAUUCGAUGAGAAGGGAGAGAACAUCCUCUUCUACGCGGCGUCAAGGGCCCACCAUGCCGACAUCGGCGGCAUCACCGCUGGCAGCAUGCCCCCCCAUUCGCGGGAGCUGUUCCAGGAGGGGGCUGCUAUCAAGAGCGAGAAGCUUGUCAGCGAGGGCAAGUUCAACGAGGAGAGGGUGGUGGAGUUGUUCUACAACGAGCCGGCCAAGUACCCUGGGUGCAGUGGUACCCGCUGCCUCGCGGACAACAUAAAUGACCUGCGAGCGCAGGUGUCUGCUAACCAGAAGGGUAUCUCGCUUAUUGAGAAUCUCAUCGAAGAGUACGGUGAAGACACUGUCAUGUUCUACAUGAAGAACAUCCAGGACAACGCCGAGUCGUGUGUGCGGAGACUGCUGAAGGAUGUCAGCAAGAAGUUCGAGGGCAAGGACCUGUCGUCUGUGGACUACAUGGAUGAUGGCAGCCCAAUCAAGUUAAAGGUCACCAUUGACCCUGAAAAGGGCGAGGCAGUCUUCGACUUCGAGGGCACAGGGCCAGAGGUAUACGGCAAUAUCAAUGCCCCCGAAGCCGUCAGUUACAGCGCCAUAAUCUACUGCCUCCGCUGCCUCAUCUCCGAGGACAUCCCCCUGAACCAAGGCUGCCUGAAACCAAUCCACGUCAAGAUCCCGCCCAAGUCCCUCCUCUCCCCCUCGGACCACGCCGCCGUGGUCGGCGGCAACGUCCUGACCAGCCAGCGCGUGACGGACGUCAUCUUCAAGGCCUUCGAGGCCUGCGCCGCCUCCCAGGGCGACUGCAACAACCUGACGUUCGGGUUCGGCGGCAACGAGGCGGGGCGCGACGCCGUGCGCGGCUUCGGCUACUACGAGACCAUCGCCGGCGGGUCCGGCGCGGGCCCCCACUGGGACGGCACGAGCGGCGUGCACACGCACAUGACCAACACGCGCAUCACCGACAGCGAGGUGUUUGAGCGGCGGUACCCCGUGCUGCUGCGCGAGUUCAGCAUCCGCGAGGGGUCUGGCGGUAAGGGCCAGCACCGCGGCGGCGACGGCGUGGUGAGGGACAUCGAGUUCCGGAUCCCCGUGCAGGUGUCUAUCCUCUCUGAGAGGCGCGUGUAUCACCCCUAUGGCAUGGCGGGCGGCGAGGAUGCUGCCUGUGGGCUGAACGUGUGGGUGCGCAAGGUGGAGAAGGCCAGCUGGGAGAAGCAGCUGCGGCGGCUGAAGGCUGGCAGUGGGGUUGGUGGUGGUGAGGUGGACAAGGAGGAGGAGGAGGACGUUGAGUAUGAGGAGAGGCAUAUUAACCUGGGGGCUAAGAACAGCGCGCCUAUGAAGGCUGGGGACAGGAUCAUUAUCAACACGCCUGGUGGUGGUGGGUGGGGCAACGUCGGCGAGGCCAAGAGGCAUUUGGAGGUGGAGGAUCACACUUCUGGGUGGAGGAAGGGUAGUCACGCCGCGAGAGAGGAUGCUGCUUUGCAAGUUUAGACAAAUGGGAAUGAUUGGACGAUGGCCUUGCCAACCCUUGGGGACCUACUUGAGUGCUCGACAGCGUUGUGCAAUGGCCUUCAAGUUUGUUUGGGACCACAUCGCGAUGGUACGACACGGUCUUGAGGGUAAGAAAACAUCAAUGGAUGGGAUCAGGAUAGGAGGUGAUGGCAGACAAGGGAGAGUGUAUGAAGAAAAACAAGACGAAGGGGACAGGGCCCGAUUGACGACUGACGAUCCAUCGAGUCACAACACCAACCCGUCGCCGCUCACGUUCUCAAAGACAACCCACACCUCACCUGUUGUGGUGAUAAUAAAGGCCCCCAAAGAAAACGACAGCUGGGGCGAAGGUGCCCGAGAUUGCAAUGCCCCAUGCCACCUGCCUGGUCACGAUGCCGAGAAUCAGGCCUGGCGCCAUGAGCAGCAACAGAACGACGACAACAAGCCUCAACACCGACAUCCACGAACGCCUGGGCUGAGGAAGAGCUGCCUCAUUAGAACGAUCGUCUCUCAGUGUGGCUGUUUGACUCGCAGCCUCUGGGCCGUCAGCCUCUGCGGUGAAAGGAUUGGUGUCGGUGUGGAUGGGGAUGGUGUCCCGCAGCGUGGUGGCAGGCGUUUCGACAGUAUCCGCGCUUCGUCUUUGCUGAUUGAAAGACUGAGACUCAAGGUCCAUUGACUAGUUAGUUGGUUAGUGGUUGCUGGUCGAUGUUUGUUCUAGCAUCUGGGAUGGGUAGGUAGCGUGCACCUCCGGCUCUGCUGGGAUCGCAGUUCGGGUGUGGGCAUAGUGUAUAUAGCGUGUCGUAGCAUCCUGGAUGCUAUUAUACGUGUCGACUAGCGCCUGGAUCCGUCCUUGGAUUAGGAAACCCAGGUGUAGUCGACCUUGGUUGAGGAGACUGAGUCCACCGGGUUGCAGCACGGAGGACCAGCCACGGUCAGAGUAUGGGGCAUGGUCUUCGGUGGGCACAUCGGUGGUCAUACUAAUGGGUGGAUGAACUAGAGGUCCCAGCGGGCUUUACUAGUAACUUAGUGAGAUGGAGA